UUAAAAAUAUGUAAAAUAAUGCAAUAUGUGUUGUGCACAGUAAUAAUGAAAAUCAUUUGUAAUGCAUGGAAUGUAUGGAUUGCACAAUUUUAUUUUCUUUUGAAUACAUAAUGAAUAACCAAACAAAAUUUUUAUAAUUAUUAACAUAAUAUUAAUUUUCAAUUCACUAUUUAAAUUAAUGUGCAAUUAAUUAAAUUUAACAAUAAAUUAUGGAAGCUUGUAAAGAAUUAAAAGCAAAGUAUGAUCGUUGUUUUAAUGAUUGGUUUUCUGAAAAAUUUUUACGUGGAAUUUAUGAUGAUAGUGAAUGUGCACCAUUACUUAAAGUUUAUACCAAGUGCGUAGCGCAAGCAAUGAAAGAUCAAAACAUAAAUUUGGAUGAAAUAAAUAUAACUCAUUUAGGAACAGAACAAGAAAAGAAAACUGAAAAUUGACAAUUAUGUCUUUAAUAAUAAUUGAAUUCCUUAACAGAAUUUUUUUUUUAUAUUUUAUUAAAAAUGUGUUAUAUAUUUUUUCAUAAAUAAUGAUUAUGAUUAUGACUUUUCAUUUUCAUUAAUAAAUACCAAGUAUAAAUACU